CUGCAUGAUUGACUUUUGUUUGUUUGAGGGCAGAUUUGGUUAGAAAGCGCGGCUGAUGUAAAGGUCCAGAUGUUAUGGAGAAAGAUGAUCCGAUGUGACGUCCCCUAACGCGAGCAGCCAAACGAAGAAUUCGAUUUGUUUGAGUGCAGAUGAAAUAGGAAUCAGGGAUUAAAAAGCGUCGGUAACCUGACGAUUGCGGAAGUGCUGAGAGAGAUCCGCUGUGUGAAUCCGGCAGUGGGAGUGAGCUACGUGUAAUAAUCUGGUGAAAAUGGCUGAACGGAAGAGCGGUGUUCCCAGCACAUCCAGCGCUAACCUGCUGUUUUCUGCAGCGCCCGAAUUUCAGUUCAAUCUGCCCUUCAUUCCGGUCAGCCAAGCCACAGAUCCCGCGGUUUUAUCCGGAGAUGAUGUGAGUGAAGUUGGUGAAGAAGACAGCUUUCUUGGCCAGACCUCAGCAGCACCUCAGCCCUCAACCUUUACCUAUUUUUCAGCUUCAGGGGGCAGCAGUGAUCCUUUUGCUACGAUAGGGCCCAAGUCGAACCUGCCUCCUGCUUCUUCUGUUGUCCCAACAGCCACGUCUUCUCAAGUAUCUAGUGCUGCAAGUCUGCCACCACACCCCCCAAUUACUCAAGUAAACUCUGCGCACCAGUAUGUUAAUGCAGCUUACCAGAAUCCCAUCGGUACACACACUCCUUCACGUAACAUGACGGCUACUCCGCCUCCCCAGGCCAACCAGCAGCCCUUUAAUCCGUAUCGUCACACAGCCACAAGUAGCAGAGCCAGUCCUUAUAUCAUGGCUCCUGAAAUACAACAGCACCUUCCUCCUCAGACAUCACAGCAUCUCAAUCCCUACUGUCAGACCCCACCACCUCCCACGUUCUCGUCUGCACCUCCAACAUUCACACAGUCUCCCCCUGCUCAGGUUCCUCCUCCACCAUCAGGCCCCAGCAUGGCUGGACCUAUGGUUCCAGCCAACCCCAUGAUGCAAUACUCAUAUAACGUCUAUGAGCCUGUUCAGCCUCACUGGUUUUACUGCAAACAAGUGGAGUCCAAGAAAGUUUGGCUUCCCUUCAGUAUCCUGGAUUCCAUACGCCUGGAGGAGACUUUUAAUUCGGUCCAGCCAGACCCGGAGAAUGUGAUUGUGACUACAGACGGUGCACGCUAUGAUGUGCAGCUCUACGAUCGCACCCGCACUUCCGUGUACUGGGAAGAGGACCCGACCGAGGUGCGCCGCUGUACCUGGUUCUACAAAGGAGACACAGACAGCCGAUUUAUCCCCUAUUCUGAGGAUUUCAGUGACAAACUGGAGGCUGAAUACAAGAAAGCUGUUUGCACUAAUCAGUGGCACCGCCGGCUGGAAUUUCCUUCAGGGGAAACAAUUGUUAUGCAUAAUCCAAAGGUCAUAGUGCAGUUUCAGCCAACAGCCACUCCUGAUGAAUGGGGCACCACCCAGGAUGGCCAGACUCGGCCCAGAGUGGUGAAGAGGGGAGUGGAUGAUGACCAUGAUGAAGUCCCUGAUGGUGAAAUGCCACAAGUGGACCAUCUGGUAUUUAUGGUGCACGGCAUUGGCCCAGUCUGUGAUCUGCGAUUCAGGAGCAUGGUGGAGUGUGUGGAUGACUUCCGCAGUGUUUCCCUGAAGCUUCUGCAAAGUCAUUUUAAAAAUGCUCUAGACAGCCAUGCUAUAAGUCGUGUGGAGUUUCUGCCUGUGCACUGGCACACAGCCCUGCACGGAGAUGCCACAGGAGUGGACAGGCGGAUUAAGAAGAUCACCCUGCCCAGCACUGUGCGCCUGCGACACUUUACUAAUGAAACUCUUUUAGAUGUACUAUUCUACAACAGCCCAACCUACUGCCAGACCAUCAUGGACACUGUAGCUUUCGAGAUUAACCGUCUUUAUGCAUUGUUCAUGCAGAGAAAUCCAGAAUUCAAAGGGAGUGUGUCAGUCGCUGGACACAGUCUAGGCUCUUUGAUACUUUUCGAUCUACUGUCUAAUCAGAAGAACCCAUCUUCUGCCUCCACUCCAAAUGGAAACGCCCAGCCUGAAGUUAAACAGGUGAGUCCUCCUGUCUCCCAGGCCACUGAGGUCUUUAGCCCGGCUGCAGCUGAGGAAGCAGAGGAAGAGGAGAUCGCUAAUCUGUCAUCUGUUCUAGACCAGCUGGGCCUGUCUGAGUACCUCAGCACCUUUGAAGAGGAGAAGAUUGAUGUUGAGUCACUGCUUAUGUGCACAGUGGAGGAUUUGAAAGAAAUGGGUAUUCCUUUGGGACCACGAAAGAAGCUUGCAAAGUUUGUUAAAGAGAAGGCAGCAAAGCAGGCUGCACAACAGGCUGCAAAAGAGAAGGUUGCAGCCAAAGAAGACAUUAAAGAAGUUUCAACCCCUCAAAACACUGAAUCGGUCACCACUGUUGCCAGCUCUAAAGUCCCAGUCGGCAGGCUUAUGUCCUCCAUGCAUGUGGAUUACAAUUGCUUCGAAAUUGGCACCGGCCAGGUUUCUGUGGUGUAUCAUGCGCUGGACUUCAGCCCUGUCAAUUUUUUUGCACUCGGCUCUCCAAUUGGGAUGUUUCUGACUGUGCGAGGGGUGGAGAAACUCGAGGAGGCCUAUCAGCUACCCACCUGCAAAGGCUUCUUUAACAUUUAUCAUCCAUUGGAUCCGGUGGCAUACAGGAUUGAGCCUAUGAUUUUACCAGAUACUGAACUGGACCCAGUUUUGAUUCCUCAUCAUAAAGGAAGGAAAAGACUUCACCUUGAGUUAAAGGAGAGUCUGUCGAGGAUGGGUUCUGACCUGAAACAAGGUUUCAUCAGUUCUUUAAAGACUGCAUGGCAGACCCUGCACGAUUUUGCUCGUGCUCAUACCGCCUCUGCAAAGCUGCAUGAACAGCUGGCCAUUGUGGCCAGUCAACUAAAAGAAGAAGAGGAGAUGCAAAAUGAAGUGGAUGAUAAGCUAGUGCUGGAGACUCCUGAGCCUGCAAAGGAGGAGGAGACACUGGUGAAGAUGGGCAUGCUGAAUGAGGGACGACGCAUCGAUUAUGUCCUGCAAGAGAAGCCCAUUGAGAGCUUUAAUGAAUACCUAUUUGCUCUCCAGAGUCACCUGUGUUACUGGGAAUCUGAAGACACAGCUUUGUUUUUCCUUAAAGAGAUUUAUAAGACCAUGGACAUAUGGCCAGAGCAAACAGUGCACUGAUGUGAUAAUAAUAAAUUAAAUAAAGCACAUGCUCAUUCAUUUUGAACGUUUUUAAACUUUCCAGGAGGGCCUGCCUUGGCAGUUGGAUUUUUAUUUUAUUUUAUUUCCUAUUCUUUGUUUUCUUGUACAAAUAAGAAUACAAAAGUAUUAUUCUAUUAUCUUAAAUUAAGAAUUAUAACGUGGCAUUGAGUUCCACCAUACAUCAGCAUUUUUAUAGAGCUGUGAAAGAUUGGUUCAUCAGUUUUCCUGAAUCAUAGUAGAAAUAUUUACUGCAUUUGCUGAGAAAGCAAGUCUGUCAUGUAACCAAGACCCAUAAUCCAGAAAUUAAACUCAUUUUGUCCAA